GGGCGGUCCGUCGCCCCCCUUGCAAGGCUUCUCCGUCACCCACCCCUCUCCCCCCUUUUGUCCUUCUUCCUCCCAUCCAAGCUGCUCCCAGAACCUCUCAGCCCCCGGAACCGGGGGGAGCCCACCCUAACAGCGUUCCUGCAGCACAACAACGAGAACAGCUUCUUCCAAAUGGGGAGGAUCAGGGUAGGGGGAUGGGGAGAGGGUGCGCGGUUCCCUUCUCGCCACUUCCUUGUAUGGACAGUGGGGGACUCCAAAGCCAGGCUCUGGAGAGGCCUGAAACCCGGUACCCGGACGUGCUGGGGGAAGCACAAAGGGGCCGACAAGAAGGGGGUGGGGAGGCCCGCCGGUGCAACGACAUGGAGUGGGUUGGUGCCUCGGGAGAGCGAAUCCAGGGCGGCGGGGGACGGCUAUGAAUUACACCCAGAACGACUGAAGUCAGACAGUAAAAGCUUUCCCAGUAUUCACUGUUUUUUCUACCACACUCCCGAGGAAGCUCACAUGGGCAGAGCCGGAUAAUCCGGAGGGCAUACCCCGAAGAUUUUUACACCCAGAUGAUGGAUGAGUGCUACCGGAUAUGGGCCCAGCUGGAGCGCGAGGCUGGGACCCAGUUACACAGGCAGACUGGGCUACUGCUGCUGGGAAUGAGAGAGAAUUCAGAAUUAAAAACCAUCCAGGCCACUUUGUCUCGACAGGGGGUGGAACACCAGUGUCUUUCAGCUGAGGAACUGAAGCAACGUUUCCCCAAUGUUCGGUUGGCCGGGGGAGAAGUGGGGCUCUUGGACAAGUCUGGAGGGCUUCUCUAUGCAGACAGGGCCCUCAGAGCCCUCCAGGAUGCAAUUCGACGUCUCGGGGGCCUAGUGCGUGAUGAAGAGAAGGUGAUGGAGAUAAGACCAGGGCGACCCGUCACAGUGAGAAGUACCUCCAGGAGCUAUCAAGCCAAGAGCUUGAUCAUCACAGCAGGUCCCUGGACCAACCGGCUCCUCCGUCCCUUGGGAAUUGAGCUGCCUCUCCAAACCCUGCGGAUCAAUGUGUGUUACUGGCGAGAGAAGGUUCCAGGAAGCUAUGGUGUGUCCCAGGCCUUUCCUUGCUUCCUGGGCCUCGGCCUCAGCCUGGCUCCCCACCACAUCUAUGGGCUGCCCUCCGGAGAGUACCCAGGGCUGAUGAAGGUCUGCUAUCACCACGGCAACAGCGCCGAUCCUGAGGAGCGGGACUGCCCGGAAGCACUCUCAGACACCCAAGACAUCCAGAUCCUGAGCCGCUUUGUCAGAGAUCACUUACCUGACCUGGAGCCCAAGCUUGCCAUCCUGGAGCGCUGCCUGUACACGAACACCCCCGAUGGGCACUUCGUUCUUGAUUGCCACCCGAAGUAUGACAACAUUGUCAUCGGUGCUGGAUUCUCUGGACAUGGAUUCAAGCUCUCCCCUGUUGUGGGGAAGAUCCUGUAUGAAUUAAGCAUGAAAUUAACGCCAUCCUAUGACUUGACACCUUUUCGGAUGAGCCGCUUCCCUGGCCUGGGCAAAGCCCACCUUUGACCCCUGGCCAGCAGCCUGCCUUGUGUGCACAGGAGCUGGGAAUAAAGCCCUGUGGCUAUUAAAUGUCA